AUGAAAUUAAUAAAUAACGAGGAGGUAAAUGUAUUAACCAGAUGAAUUAAUAAAAUAUAAUAUUCCACUGAAGUAGUAAACACUUUUUGUUAGUGGUAGAAAAUUAAUAAUUUUUUGCGUCUAUUGAUCAAAGUAAUAAUUAAUAUAACUUUCCAAUGCGAUCGUAAUCAAUCAAAACAAUAUCCACCAUUUGUCACCGUGUCUAAUAGCUAAAAUACCUUCUCUCUUUUACAAUUUCCUUAAUGACAUGAGACACAUAUUGAAUUGCUAUUACAUUGAGUCGCACAAUCGAAGAAAGAAGUCACGUUAAUGCCUCGUGUUCGAACUGGCAUAACAUUAUUAAUUUUUACUCGGAGUGCGUUGCAUUCACUCAAGAUCAAUGUAAAUUUUCCACACGCGUGUAAGCAAGUAAAGGAUAAGAUUCAAAAUUAAAAUACUAUUAGGUAAUUCGAUUCUAUGACAUAUGAAUCUAAUAUCGUGAAAUGCAUUCCUCUUCAUUAUAAUUCCUGUUCGUACUGCGUUGAAAUUGCUGGACGUCAAUAUAAAGUGUUUCGUUUGUUCGUUCGUUUCCAAACUUGUGAAAGGUAAGAUCCAAAAUUCAACUUUACUGCUAUACGUAGCUAAUGAUAUAAUAGUACACACGUCAUUAGGCCACAUCGAUUUUUAAUUACAUUUUCUACUUUUAGGAAAAUGAAAUGAACUUGUUAUGAAAUCCAACGAUUCAAAAUUAACGAAUAGUGAUGAUCUUAUGACAAGUUUAAUUAAACAGUUUCGUUACGUUAAAGUUCACGUUGAUGGAUUAACUUUAUUCUUUCUUUUUUCUUUUUUCUUUUCUGAUGUCGUUCAUUGCGUAAUCAAUCAUUCUUCUCUUUGACCACAUUUUCUUCACGAAGAACAUUAAAAAGAAUUUUAUAACUCGUCUAAUUUUUUGUAAUAAUCCGCAAUUUGUGAAUGUGAACUGUGAAAGUGAACAAUAAAUGUAGCUAGUUAAAUUAAUUUGAUUACAACAAUCAAAUUUGAAAUAAUAACAGUGUAAUUUUAAUCUCUAAUUUAAUUUGUUUAUGUUGUUUUUUCUUCGUUUUUUUCUAUUUUCCAUUCUGUACAAAAGAAAUAGAUUCUAGAUUUACUAAGCAACUUUAUUGAAAUCCAUUCAAAAUUCCCCACGAAGGGAACAAAAUUCUAUUGCUUUCUUAACUUGCCACGUUUGAAGUAGUUGUCAAAAAUUGUUAAAAAAAAUUUUUUUAAUUUAAUCUGCACAACUAGGUUAAGACAACUAGAUGGACGACUACAAGGCAGCAAUAAGGAUGGUGACCAUAUUGAAUUAUAUAGCGGCACGCCGGAACUUCAUAGAUCCAAGACAAGACCAAUUCAAAUUCAUAUUGAGCUGGAUCUGGAACACGAUUUCUAUUCUUACGAUGGGUGUUGUUCCAUUUUUGUUUAUAAUAUAUGUAUUGAAUCUUCUAGGCGAGUAUUCUAUGUUUAA